AUGACAAAGAAGAAGGAGGACCAGAAGGGGAAGGGCGGUGCGACCGUCCCUGCUCAUACUCCCAUCUUUUCCAAAGCCCCCGUUAUCCUACUCGAGCUGACCGGUGACGCCUUAAUAAAUCUAUCAAGAAGCGCAAAUGGCGGCAAGCGAAAGAUGUUGAAAGACGCGUUGGGCAAGCAUUGGGGGAAAGAUGGGAAGGCACCUUUCCGCCUGGCGGUCCGACGGUCGACCUUGCUUCUCCUGGAGGCCAUGAAGCAGAGUCCUCCGAGCCGGAAGAGUAGGGGGCAGGCAAUGGGUGGCGGUGUCAUUGGAUUUACAAAGAUGUUCGGCUUGCACGCCCAUAUCAUUGAAGACACUAGCCCAAUGCCAAACCCCUUCUCUUUCGGCGCCACCAACCUCCGCGAGAAGGAUCUUGCAGCCAGCUGGCCGGUGACUCCAGUGUAUCACAACCUCUACACUCAGGAUCUCGCUUCCUCGCUUGCUCAAUCUCCCAUGAGCGACGCGUACAGGAUCGAAAUCUUGACUUGGAAGCUUGAUCUCCAUCCUGCGUUCAAAGCUGCUCUCGAGGGGCUGGUGUCUACCCACAGCCCCAAGGUCCGCCUCAUCGACCUAAAGCUGCUCUUGGAUAAGCCCGGGGUCUGGGAAACUUACCUUUCCGAUCUCAACUCUGUGGCGAUAUCCCACCCACAGGCCGACCUCCAAGACACUUGGGUCCCUCCGCCUCAUCAGCCUCUGGGUAACAAUCCUCUCCCGUUUGACGAGUGUCACAUCGACACCAACGUCGUCAUGGCGCCCAACCGACGCGGCAUGCUCGACGACGGUGUCGCGCAAGUUACCAUCGACUUUGCAAAUACACUUGCACCUAUGUCGGUGGUAAGCUAUGCGGCGGCACUCGAGCUCUCCCCUAUCGUCCUCCCCUCUCUCCAAGCCAAGAUCGCUUCCCUUCAACAGCAAGCCCAAUACCAAGAGUUGGAUUGGUGUUUUCAGGUUGAUAAGCCGAGUUACCUCUUCUUGGCUGGAGACCCUGCUCAACAAGAGAUACACAUCACUAUUCACAACGAGACAGGUGAGGUGUCGACUCCGGUUGUAAAAGAUGACGGGAUAGAGCUGGCUGCUGUGAUGGCAAGGAGACGAGGAGGGCAGGUCGCGAUGUUGACUCGGGAUGAGAUCCUCGGCUUGAGGAUGAAGUCGGUGGGCAUAUGGACAUUCAGCCCUAUAUAG